UCUUCAGCUGGAUGGGGGAGGAGGAGAGUCCUUCACACUCGGAAAAAACAAAGACAAGAGACCAUUAUUGAACGGAAAAUUAGAAAUAUUUUUGAAACUAUCAAUCUUUGAUCCCAUGGAGACGUGGCUGAAAGAGUGCUGUAAAAUCAAGAAUAUGUUCUUGAAGUUCGUGAAGUAUCGAACAUCUUUCCGAAACAAGAAUGCACUCAGGAGAAGUUACGAAGAGUUCAAACGCAGGAAUGGAGGCUUUCUUCCGGACUUCGAUUAUUUCUUCAAUGCUCUGAAAUAUUUCAAGAUGAUAUACAUUAGAGGAGAUCGGAUUGAUUUCAGUCCCCUGAAUGGACAAUCCGCUGCAAAGGACGGACGCGAGGCUCAUGACAAACUCCAGGAACGCGAGGGAAACUGGCCUAAUUCUGUCCAUGGCAUCAGAAUUACCUACGAGUCGCCGAACGGGGACGAGAUAUUGCGACUGGAAAAAAAUGAGAAACAUUUUAGAAAAUUGAAAGUAGAAAACAUUGGAGCGAAGCCUGUGGCCUUAACUCGCUUUUUACUUGACCAAGCGAAACAUUUCUCUCUGGUGGAUGAGCAUAAAGCCACCCCACAAAACCCCCUGCCUUUACCACCGGGUGGCAGCUGUGAGAUCCAGGUUAUCUUCCAAUGUAGAAUUCAGAGGUACUUUUCAGCAAAACUCACUGUUGAGUACACAGUAGAUCCGCAGGGUUCCGGCACUCUGUUCCACAUUGAGUACUGCAUUAAAGUUCUUUGUGGGACUACUUCUGUACGAGAGCUGGCCCCCAAUACCCCCUACCGCGCCCCACAACGUCGUCAGCUUUCUACGGAGCAGCGGAUCAUCAUACGUGAACCGGGACCCAAAAGGUCAUCCUGGAAUCAGCAGGGACCCAGAGUCAGGCUGAAAUGGUAUCCGAUGUACAGAAAGAAGGUCACUGCACUGAAGUCGAAUUCUGGUGACGACAAGGAAAGGGCUUUGCUGGAAUCGCCCUUAAGAUGGAGAAACUACACCCAGAAGCUUCACCUGCUGCUUCAUCUGGAGGAGCUUCAGAUGGUUGUGAACACCGAACGUUACAACAUUCCCAAUGAGGAAAGGAAGUUCGCCAUCAUGAAAAAGGACAGGGAAUAUCUUGUUUUGGAGCUGCCUGGUUUGUCUGAGAACCGUCCGUCUGUGCGACCGGGAGAUGAGCUGUUUGUGUAUCCCGUGGAAGAGAAGGAGCUGAAGUACAGCGGUUCUGUAGUCAGCGUGCAACAGGAGAGCGUCACGCUGCGCUUCCACACGAGGUUGCUGGAUUUCUUUAAAGAGGGCAUGAAGUUUCAUGUUGAGUUCCAUUUCAAUCGGUUGCUGCUGAACAUUCAGCACCGGGCAGUGGAGCUGGCUGUCAAACAAAGGCUGCAGAAGCUGUUGUUUCCUGACAUCCCCUCACGUCAAUCACGUCAACUCACCAAACUCAAGCUGUUUGAUGAGCGGUUGGAAGAAAACACGGAGCAGAACCAGGCGGUCCAUGACAUUGUGUUCGGCACGUCCAUGCCUGCACCUUACCUGGUGUUCGGUCCACCGGGAACAGGGAAAACUGUGACUCUGGUGGAGGCCAUCAAGCAGAUACAGACCAAAGAGGACUGCCACAUUUUGGCCUGUGCUCCCACCAACAGCGCUGUUGAUCUGCUCUGCAAGAAGAUCGUGCACCUUGGGAAUGAGGGCGACGUGUUUCGCCUGUACGCCCUCAACUUGACACCAGACUUUGUGCCCAAAGAACUGAAGACUUGCUGUAACCUGGAUAGAGGGUCUUUCUAUCUUCCUGCCACAAAGAACCUCAUGUCAUACAAGAUCAUCGUCACCACCCUGUACACAGCUUCAAGGCUGGUUACGGAAGGAGUCCAUGAAGGACAUUUCACUCACGUGUUUGUGGAUGAAGCUGGACAAGCUUUGGAGACAGAGUGCUUGAUCCCGCUGGCAGGCUUGGUCGCAGCGGGCAGAGGGCAGGUUGUUCUGGCUGGAGACCCCAAGCAGCUCGGACCCAUCGUGAACUGUGCUGCUGCAAAGAAAUACGGCCUGAAUGUGUCCCUCCUGGAGCGCCUGCUGCUGAUUUUCUCCGACGAUAAAAGCAUCGACGGCGCGUUCAACAGCCGCUGCGUCACCAAACUGCUGCGCAACUACAGGUCUCAUCCGGACAUUCUGGAAGUUCCCAAUCGUCUUUUCUAUAAAGGAGAACUGAAGCCUCAUGAAGAUGAGUCAUGCAAGUCGUGCUGCGAUUGGGAAGGCCUUCCGCAGCCGGGCUUCCCGGUGAUCUUCCACGGGGUGAAAGGUCUUGACGAGCGCGAAGCCAGCAGUCCGUCGUUUUUCAACAUUCUUGAAGUGGAAAUCCUGAAAAACUAUGUGAACGACCUGCUGCAGACAAAAGAGAAAAACGGCUCGCCGAAGAUUCGACCCAAAGAAAUCGGCAUCAUCACCCCCUACAGGAAACAGGUGACGAAAAUCAAACAAGAGCUGAAGAUUCUGGGAAAAGACUUCAAGUCAGGCUACAUGGACGAUAUAAAGGUUGGUCCGGUGGAGGAGUUCCAAGGCGACGAGAGGAGAGUCAUCCUGGUGUCGACGGUUCGGAGCCAAACCGAGCACCUCAAAACGGACGAAGUCUUCCACAUGGGCUUUGUCUGUAACAAAAAAAGACUCAACGUGGCUCUGACUCGAGCCAAAGCCCUGCUGAUUGUGGUGGGAAACCCAGACACGCUGCAAACGAACGAGCAGUGGAAGACGUUCAUAGACUUCUGCAAAGAGAAAGGAGGCUACGUCUGUCCUGGAGAUUCAGAGGAAGAAAGAGAAGAAUAACUGAGCGGAUGAAGAGCCUGAAGAUCAAGGUGUUCUGGAGGCUUUCUCCAGUCACAUGACUGUAAAAAGUCAAUAACUGCUGUUGAGUGAGGUGAAGACGAGUACAGUCUUGCUGAAGAAUGAAUUAUGAAUCAUGCUCAUGUGAUUUCCUUUGUGCUUUCAUGCUUAUUAGGCUUCAUCAUUUUGAUCAAACAUUCACACUCAUGUAUGCUCACUAUGCUUAGCUGGUGAUUUCUUUGUUGUAGUCGUCCUAUCAUUUCAUCUGUUGCUAACUUGUUGAAAACUAUUCCCUAUUUGUAAGUGGGAUAACUGGCUUAUGGCGGCCAAGUGCUCAUAGCGACGUCGCUUCUUGAUCCUUCCCGUCAUUGUGAAGCAGAAUUCACCAAGCGUUGGAUUGUUCACCCACUAAUAGGGAACGUGAGCUGGGUUUAGACCGUCGUGGGACAGGUUAUUUUUAAUACUGAUGAUGUGUUGUUGCAAUAGUAAUCCUGCUAUUGGUUCCAGUGAGGCCCUCUCAUUGGGACCUUGGGCCUCUCAUUGGGCCUCAUACCCAUGUGGGGCCAGUGGGGUAAAUGUUAGUGGAAGGAUUGCUGUUUGACUCGAAGCAGAACCUUAUUGACCCUCGUCCAACAAAAUAUGCCUAACAUUUAGAGGCAUGUAAGAACCAACGCAAACCAGCUCUCUUAAUUUUUCAUUCUUUGUAUUUUUUUUAUUAUUGAAAUAUAACCUUUGAUCCCUGAUUGAAUAAAAAAAGAACAUGUGACUUCAGAAAAGCUCCGGUGCAGUAGUUCAUUUCUCUGAGAGAGACCAUGAAGGACCCGGGUUAGGGGUUUUCUUCACAAAGGACACCCUUCUGCCCCCGAGCGGUAAGCUGAUAGACCACCCACCCUACGGUGACACGACUGAUAUCACACACACACACACAAAAACAGGGUAGGGAGCCUGGAGUGGAUCCCCUCACCAGACUGAUACAGGGCCCUUAACUUCAAAGCCCCACUGCUAAUCUCCUUCUUCAUGCUCAGCAUCUUUAACCUCAAAGCUCAAACGUUUGCCUUCGGUCGGGGACAGGUCAGUGGAGCCGUGAGCGGAGGGCUGUGCGUAGGGGCUCAAGGUAGUGACCGGACACCGGACAGAGGAAUGGGCCGAAUUAAAAUGUCCUGAGGGCCCAUUGCCAAGUUGACAACAUUUUCUGUUUGUUUUUGUUUUGUUUUGUUUUGUUUUGUUUCGUUUCGUUUCGUUUCGUUGAAUACAGGCAGUCGUAGAAAGUACUUUGUUGAAUCAGAUAAAUGGGUACACAAACAACCAAUUUCCCAUCAUGGUGAGGAAUUUCAUUUCUCCAGAAAAAAGUUUUUUUCAUCUAUGAAUGUCACAUGACAGAUAAAACCCACAUCAAAGUGUUUUUUUCAUUAAUAUCAUGAAUUUCAACAGAGGUCGUUUGAAUUAUAUGUGUUUUUAGGGAACUUUUAGGGCCCAGUCU